CCAGUCCAGUUUCGAGACGUCAGUUUCCCCCGAGCACGGUGCAAGUGCGGACAUUAUAAUUCUGUUGAGCAUUGCGAGGAGAAACCUGACAUGUGUUAACGGGCGUUUCUUUCGUUUGUUAUACUGUUACUGGUGACUGAAUCCGGGCAUCGGACUUUAUCUUCGCGUCUGAGCAACUGUCAGCGUUUCCAAACACCGUCAGCAGGUGAUUAUGGUGGCCAUGGCGGCGUUGGAGACUGAGAGCAGCGCGGCGAUGCAGGUCCGCGCGGUCAGCGUGAGCGUCGACUCGCUGGACGUGGUGGCCUCUUCACACUCCACUGGCGCUCAGGGGGCGGCGGCAUCCACUCCCAGCGGCGCUGCAGACUCGCUGGCAGUCGUCGACCCGGCCGACCAGGACGAAAAAGUCGUCAAACUGGAGCUGGCCAGUUUGUCAGCCGCGACCAGCAAGGAGGAUAUUGAUGACGAGGAUGGAGAAACGGAGGACGAUCUGGAGACGGUGAAACGCAGAGGUAAUGCGUGGGCGGCAAAAAAGACGGUGGCACAAGGCAUGAUGGACAUUGCGCUGCUUACGUCCAACGCCAACCAGCUGCGCUACCUCAUCAUGUACGGCAAGCAGAGCAGCACCUACGUCAUCAGCAUCACGCUCAUUGCCAUCAGCAUCUUACUGCAGGUGGCCGUGGGCGUGGUGCUCAUCUUCAAGGGCAAGUCUGACUUGAAGGGCGAGGAGAAGAAAGCGCACGCCAAUAAACUCAACAACUACGUGGUGGUGGGCGUCUUUCUGGUCACCAUCAUCAACGUGUUCGCAGCGUCCUUCAGCGACGUCUCGGCCACGCCAGCUUCCCCUUAGUCUUCUGUAGAGUCCACUUAACCCUGUAACGUACACAACAGGCAGUCUGGCAACGCCACCUAUGUGUGUACAGUGUCAGCUCCAGGCCUUCUUCUACAGUUCUACUUGUGAGCGUGUUAUGUGCCUUAGUGCGUGAGCAAUUUUUUACAUUCCUUAUAAAGAAGCUGCAAUCUUUAUUCUUCGAAAGUGACUGAGAAAAGUGAAACAGCGGUUUAGGAAAUGGACUCAUAUACUGGAAUGAGAUUUUCACUCUGCAGCAAAGUGUGCGCUGAUAUGAAACUUCCUGGCAGAUUAAAGCUGUGUGCUGGACCGAGACUUACGCGCCGUCCUCACAGCGUUACUUCUGCCAGUACCUCGUCUCCUAUCUUCCAAACUUUACAGAAGCUCUCCUGCGAGGGAGGAGACGAGGUACUGGCAGAAGUAAGGCUGUGAGGACGGGGCGUGAUUCGUGCUCGGGCAGCUCAGAUGGCAGAGCACUUGCCCGCGAAAGGAAAAGGUCCCGAGUUCGAGUCUCGGUCCGGCACACAGUUUUAUUCUGCUAGGAAGUUUCGGCUCGUAUACUAGUUGAUUGCGUUUCAAAUCCCGUUAUGGGCAUCUUCAUUUAGGUUUCCUGCGAAUGGCGGGAUGAUUGUUACUAUAGGGGUGUGGCUGAUUCCCUUUCUCAUCGUUUCCGACUGAGUUUGUCAUCUUUCUCGAAUGACGUCUACAAGACAACCUAGUUUAACACAAAAUUUACCAUUGUGCGCUGAUUUGAUUUGGUAGAAUGAUCGCCACUGUUAGAAGGUCGUGAGAAUACAUACAGAGAAUCGCGGAUGCCAUAAACAAGAUCGUAUUCACUGAAUCCAUCAUUUCGGAAGGUUGCAUCUUUGGCUGGGCGUCUCUGUAAGGAACCGGUUGAAAGUUUUCCACUCUAGGGAAAUGUAUUAGCUAUUCGAUUUCAGUGAUUUCCAAAAGUAGGCGACGUAUUGCUUUGUGCGUUGGCUGCCAAGCUGUGUUUCGCGUGGAUCUGUUCUCCUCUUCUUAUGAUUGGCUACGCGUACGUUCGUAUGCACUUUCCAGGUACUGAACGGAUGCCAGAUUGGGUUUAAUUUCUCGUCGAGAGACGGAGCACAAGCUCGCACUGCGAACCGAUGGAGAGGUAAUCGGUCGCGCUCUAUUCAAAGAAACCAUCCCGGCAUUUGCCCGAGGAGAUUUAGGGAAAUCACGGGAAACCUAAAUGUGGAUGACCGGACAGGGAUUUGAAUCGUCGUUCUCCGGAAUGCGAGUCCAGAGUGCCUGCCCCUGGUACAAGGGGGAAAGCAGUUGCCUUCCUCCCCUUCGCCUUAAUUCGUGCCCAUAGCUGUUCUGUGUUGCUUAGGUUACGGCUGUGUGGUCAGAUAUUACUGAACCACCUCUCAUGAUCAAGUUACCCAACGUGCUUUUGUGUUGUACACUUGACGGUUACCUUCAACUGUUAAAAUUAUUUAUUCAGAGGCAACAAUGAUGUCUUUUGAAAAGUUUUAUAUGACUGUGAACAGCAUCCAAGAAAAAUUAAUCAAUAAUCUAAUAUGUGGGGAAAACCACCGGAAAUUAUCUCGUUGAUUCUGGAAAGAUAUAGGAUCAUUGUUGACUAUUGUACUGCGACCAUUUAUUUAUAUGUAAACAUUGAAGUGUGUGUGAGCUCAGUGGUGAAUUUAUUCUUAAUUCUGUAGAUAGGUUGUUACCAAAAUAAACAACAAAACAUAA